AAUUCGAGUUUCUUUUACAAAAAUUUGCCAAUUUUCGUCGCCCUUUCAAUUGACACUGUAGCGUACAUGGCGAUGGCCACGUGGAAUGUGCCGACUGGGCAGCCUCACGUGCCGCUUGGUCCCACAUGGAGUGGGCCAGCCCGCCCAUUGGCCUCCCAGGUGCCCCCGCGUGGCCUCAAUCGUCUCCUCCAAUCUUCCCCGCCCACGUCAGCCUCCACGCCGACACCGCUCAAAGUUUGGAGCUUCUUUUUCUUCGCUUAUCCACCUGCUGCAAUCAAUGCCUUCUCGAGGUUGUAGAUCAUGGCGGAGGGCGUUAUCUCUGCGACUCUGUUGCUGUUUUUGUCGUCGGAUUGAGGCGGGAGUGGUGAAGCAGAGUGCGACGGUGACAAGAGAGGGAGAACAACUGGCGAACAAGUGGUGGGAGAGAGUCGAUGCGCCGCCCAUGGCCAGAUCUGAAUCAGGCCGAGGAAAUGCCGGCGGCGGCAUCGAGUCGUCGCGCUACCUCCAUUACCUCCUCGGCGGACAAACGCUGUCUCCUUCCGCGGACGUGCAUCCGCCUGAGGAUUCAAAGCCGUCGCCGGAGCAAUGUUCCUCCGACCAAGUUCCUACCGGAGGCGACCGGCCGGCCUCGAAUUCCGCCUUACGACGUCCACGCGGCCGCCCCCCAGGCUCCAAGAACAAGCCCAAGGCCUCGGUGGUGGUCGCGCAGGACACGCCCAACUUGCUCCGCUCCCACGUGAUCGAGGUCGCUGCCGGCGCCGACGUGGUCGGGAGCGUCACCGAGUACGCGCGCCGGAGGGGGCGCGGGGUGAGCGUGCUCAGUGGCUACGGAGCUGUCUCUGACGUCGCACUGCGCCAGCCUCAGGCGGCGUCCGCGACCGUGCUCAGGGGGCGGUUCGAGAUCCUGUCGCUGACGGGGACGGUGCUGCCUCCCCCUGCGCCGCCGGGCGCGGGAGGACUGAGCGUGUUCCUGGCGGGAGGUCAGGGCCAGGUGGUGGGCGGCUGCAUGGCGGGGCCCCUGAUGGCCGCUGGCCGGGUGGUGCUCACGGCGGCCACCUUCUCGAAUGCGGUGUACGAGCGGCUCCCGGUGGAAACCAACGAGGAUACCUCCGCCGGAGACCGCAACCCCACUAACCCUGCUGCAAGUAGCGCUUUCGGAAGGAUGAAACCGCCGCCGCCGCCUUUCUAAUCGCCGCCAAUGGAAUCAAGAACAUCAUCUCCAAUUUCAUCGAAAUUCUUGUGGAAAUCAUUCUGAUUCCCAUUUUCGACAUGUUUUUCUGCAUUUGCACUUUGUUUCAGUCUUUCGAGUCAAUUUCAUUUUCAUAUGUCAAACCUUUUAGUGUAGUGUAUCAAUUGACAGGCUCCUAAUCGAUUGCACAGGGACUCUGCUGA